AUGUCCACUCUCAACGUCACAAACCCCGACGAAUUCCUCGAGCAAUUCAACCAAGCCCUCAACGCCGCUCCCUCGUCGCGACUACGGCAUAUCAUCCGCGACGUAUGCCGGCUUCUCCCAGCUGCUCUCCCAAUCGUCUCCGAUUGCCUUCUCGUGAGCGAGGAGCAGGUCCCCAGGCAGGGUGACUCUGACUCUGACUCUAACUGUAACUGCGGGUCUGACUGCGAAGCGAACGCCAAGGUAGACGCAGACACAGCUCAACCAGCCCCAGGCGAGCCCGGACCCGCUCAGCUCAAGUCGAAGAAGAGAGCCAGGGCUGGGGCUGGGGCUAAGGUCCGGCCACGGUACGCGGUGUGUGUGAACUGCGAGGUGGAGUAUGACGUUACGAAGAACUCUAGGGAGAGUUGUCGUUUUCAUCCUGAGGAGGCAGUAGAGGAUGAGAAGUACUGGGAGAAUAUUGAUCUCUGGGAUGAGGAGGUUGACACGGAGGAGAAUCGGCAUGAUCAUCCUCAGGGGUUUGUGUAUGGGUGUUGUGGGAGGCACUAUGGGGAGAAAGAGUGUACAGUUGGUUGGCAUGAGGAGGAGGUGAGGAAUCGGAAGAGAAGGAGGAUUUAG